AUCCCAAAUUAAUUGAACACCUUUGCUAUAGCUUCUUUCACUCUUACGAGUCUUUUGAGAGCUCAACUCAAGUGAACAAAAAGGUUCAAUUUUUGCAUACAAUUUGCAUACCCAUUUGACUUUUCUUCUCUCUUCCAUUCUUACCAUUCUCAAGAUCCAUUCAGAAAUAACACACAAUUACUGAAGUUGGUUGCUGUUCAAUAUAAUUGUAGCUUUAUUAGCCAUGGAAGAAGAGAAUGCCAUAGAGCUUCUCCAGAGAUACAGAAGGGACAGGAGAGUGCUUCUUGAUUUUAUACUUUCAGGGAGCUUAAUCAAGAAAGUUGUAAUGCCACCUGGUGCUGUUACGCUGGAUGAUGUGGAUCUAGAUCAAGUCAGUGUUGAUUAUGUUCUCAGCUGUGCCAAAAAGAGUGUAAUGCUUGAGCUUUCAGAAGCAAUUAGAGAUUAUCAUGAUCAUACUGGGUUACCGCAAAUGAGUGAUACAGGUUCAGUUGGUGAAUUUUAUUUGGUCACUGAUCCUGAGUCUUCAGGUUCACCUCCCAAAAGGGGACCACCACCUGUUCCUAUUUCUGCAGUUCCUACUGUCGCUGUUUCCACUCCACCUCCUGUUUUUCCACCAUCUCCAAUUGUUUCUAAUGUAUCAAGAUCGGAGUCUUUUGACUCUGCGCAUGAAAAGGAGCUAACUGUGGAUGACAUUGAAGACUUUGACGAUGAUGCUGCUGCUGCAAUGGUCGAAAGUUUCAGGGCUAAAAGGACUCUAAAUGAUGCUUCUGAUCUUGCAGUGAAAUUGCCUUCUUUUUCCACAGGCGUCACAGAUGAUGAUCUCCGUGAAACUGCGUAUGAGAUCCUCUUGGCUUGUGCUGGAGCCUCAGGGGGUCUAAUUAUCCCAUCAAAAGAAAAAAAGAAAGAUAAAAAAUCCAGCUUGCUUAAGAAGCUUGGGCGCAGCAAAAGUGGAAGUGUUGUAUCCCAGUCUCAGAAUGCUCCUGGAUUAGUUAGCUUGUUGGAAACCAUGCGUGUGCAAAUGGAGAUAUCUGACUCAAUGGAUAUUAGAACAAGACAAGGGUUGCUAAAUGCUCUUGUGGGAAAGGUGGGGAAAAGGAUGGAUACUCUAUUGAUUCCUUUGGAGUUGCUUUGCUGUAUCUCACGCACAGAAUUUUCUGAUAAGAAGGCUUUUAUACGGUGGCAAAAGAGGCAGUUAAAAGUUUUGGAGGAGGGGCUUGUUAAUCACCCUGUCGUUGGAUUUGGUGAAUCUGGGCGCAAGACAAAUGAGUUGAGGAUUCUUUUGGCAAAGAUUGAAGAAUCUGAGUUUCUCCCAUCUUCAACUGGUGAACUUCAAAGGACAGAAUGCUUGAGAUCUCUAAGAGAAAUUGCCAUUCCACUUGCUGAGAGGCCAGCUCGGGGUGACUUAACUGGUGAAAUAUGCCAUUGGGCAGAUGGUUACCACUUUAAUAUCAGACUAUAUGAGAAAUUACUAUUAAGUGUAUUUGACAUGCUAGAUGAGGGAAAGCUAACAGAGGAAGUGGAAGAAAUUCUUGAACUUUUGAAGUCGACUUGGCGAGUUUUAGGAAUCACAGAGACAAUCCAUCACACCUGUUAUGCAUGGGUUUUAUUUCGUCAGUAUGUUAUCACUAGUGAGCAAGGAGUUUUGCUGCAUGCAAUUGAGCAAUUAAAGAAAAUACCUCUCAUGGAAGAACGAGGUCAACAAGAGAGGUCGCACUUGAAAAGCUUGCGUUCCAAGGUUGAGGGUGAACGGGAUAUGUCUUUCUUACAAUCUUUCUUAACACCAAUUCAGAGAUGGGUUGACAAGCUGCUUGGAGAUUACCAUAUGCACUUCAAUGAGGCUUCAGCAACAAUGGAAAAGAUUGUAGCAGUUGCAAUGAUUACCAGGAGGCUUCUACUGGAAGAACCGGAAACUACCAUGCAGUCCUUGCCAAUUAGUGAUCGUGAUCAGAUAGAGUUAUAUAUAUCAUCAUCAAUUAAGAAUGUAUUUACAAGGACAGUGCAAGUUGUUGAAAGAGUAGAUCCGUCGUAUGAGCAUCCUUUGGCAUUGCUCGCAGAAGAACUCAAGAAGCUCCUAAAAAAAGAUUCAGUAACUUUCAUGCCUGUUUUAUCUCAGAGGCAUCCUCAAGCAACUGUUGUAUCUGCAUCAUUAGUUCACAAACUUUAUGGCCACAGACUAAAACCCUUUCUGGAUGGUGCAGAACAUUUAACCGAGGAUGUCAUUUCUGUAUUCCCAGCAGCUGAAAGUCUAGAGCAGUUCGUAAUGGCACUUAUUACUUCUGUAUGUCAAGAAGAAAAUGCUGAGAUCUUGUUGAAGAAAUUGAAUCUCUACCAGAUUGAGACAAAAUCUGGAACAUUGGUGUUACGUUGGGUCAAUUCGCAACUUGGAAGAAUUUUAGGUUGGGUAGAGCGGGUUAUUCAACAGGAGCAUUGGGACCCAAUAUCUCCUCAGCAGCGGCAUGCUGGUUCUAUUGUGGAGGUUUACAGGAUAGUGGAGGAGACAGUUGAUCAAUUUUUUGCUCUUAAAGUUCCAAUGAGGAUUACAGAACUGAAUAGCUUGUUCCGUGGGAUUGACAAUGCUCUUCAAGUAUAUGCUAAUCAUGUUGUUAAUGACUUGGCAAGCAAGGAGGAUUUGAUACCACCUGUGCCUAUUCUCACGCGAUUCAAAAAAGAAGCUGGAAUAAAAGCUUUUGUACGGAAGGAACUAUUUGAUGCUCGGGUACCUGACGAGACAAGGCCCAGCGAAAUUAGUGUCCUAACAACUCCAAUCCUUUGUGUUCAAUUAAAUACUUUAUAUUAUGCGAUUAUUCAUCUGAAUAAAUUGGAAGAUAACAUUUGGGAGCGAUGGACAACCAAACGAUCCAAGGAAAAACUCAUAAAGAAAUCCUUGGAUGAGAACUCCAAAAGUUUUUCCCAAAAAGAUACCUUUGAUGGCAGUAGAAAAGUUAUAAAUGCUGCUAUGGAUCACAUUUGUGAGUACACUGGAACUAAAAUAGUCUUCUGGGAUCUGAGAGUACCAUUAAUGGACAACUUGUAUAGACCCAGUGUCUCAGGCUCUAGGGUAGAUGCACUUAUAGAACCACUUGAUAUGCAACUUGGCCAACUUUGUGAUAUUGUUGUGGAGCCUCUCAGGGAUCGCAUAGUGACAAGUCUUCUUCAGGCAUCAUUGGAUGGCUUGCUCCGUGUUAUCUUAGAUGGGGGUCCUUCAAGAGUUUUCAGUGCCGCUGAUGCAAGAUUUUUAGAAGAAGAUCUGGAGGUCCUAAAGGAAUUCUUUAUAUCAGGAGGUGAUGGGCUUCCCCGCGGUGUUGUCGAAAAUCAGGUUGCACGAGUCCGGCAUGUGAUCAAGUUGCAUGGCUAUGAGACUCGAGAGUUGAUUGAAGACUUGAAAUCUGCAAGUGGCAUGGAAAUGCAAGGUGGCAAAAGCAAACUAGGAGCUGAUUCCAAAACCCUGUUAAGAAUAUUAUGCCAUAGAAGUGACUCAGAAGCCUCUCAAUUUGUGAAGAAACAAUUCAAGAUACCCAAGACUUCUGCUUAGGGUAAUGUGUACAAUUAAUGGAAAGCAGCAAAAGUUUUCAUUUGGCGCUAGCUUUCUGUGAAUAUUCACUGCUGCCAAUUUUCCAUUUUUUUUAUGGUAUUUUUAAAAUAGGCCAUAUGGUGUGUGAUUAGGUGCCAAAACUGGUUUUUCCCCCCUAACUGCAGUGUUGUUAAUCUUCAUUUGUAAAAUUU